GUGGCAUCUUCUGUAUACAUACUAAAUCAAGCCAUAGAAAUAUUAAGGAAGAGGAAAGUUUGAACAGUGCAAGAGAAGAGAGAAGUCUUUUACCGAAGAAGGCCGAGGAUUUGCUGCAUGGUAGUGUAGAGUUCUAUGAAAGAAAUGUGGACGGUCUAAAUACUGACUCCCUCCUAGCUAUUGGAUUUCUGAAAGGUUAUUUAACCUCUGGUCGACUAGAGCAGCACGGUAACCUACUGGAGACCCUGGACAAAAUCCUGAAACACAUUUUUAGGAUAAAUUCGGAUAAAACAGAUCUUGACAGGCGUUUAGUUCUGUUGGCUUCUCAACCUGUUUUCUCAGAAAAAAAAUCUAAAAAAGUGUUCAGGUUUACAACGGAUUCGGAGUUUCAUCUUUAUGUUGAGAAUCCGAACAAAGAUCAAGACUUGUGUUUCAGGUAAAAAAAAGUUAGUUAUACAAAAGAAAAUUGCUGUGCUUACUAUGUUUUUUAUGCUUAAUUGUUAAAUUUUAAAAUUAGUUUAACAAAAUAAUUAUCUCUUGUUUGCAUAAAAAAUGCGUAUUUUUAGCUAUAGUUUUAUUAAGUCAAUAAUGUGGCCUGUUUAUACAAGAGCCCGCGCAAGUUGUGUAGUUUUUGCAUCUUAAAAUUGAAAAAAAACAAGUCUUAAAAUAAGCUAAAUUUCAUAUAACUUUACGUAUAAAGAAGACACUUCGAAAAAUCCUUCGACGCAGAAUUUCUUCUGGAAUUUUUGGCGG